AAAAGGAUGCCUAUUUUUCUGGGUUCUCUGGAUCCAAUGAACUAGAUAUUUCACUAAAGUCCCGGGAGAGCAGGCCAAGAGGAACACCAUCAACAGGGUUAAACUCGCCUCGAAGCAGUGAUCAGCAGCGACGACCAAAUUCAGUCGAAUCAUCUCCAAGACACAGUCACAGCUGGACACACGAGAGGGAGAAUUUUCCAAAUUCGCCCUCAUCUGGUUUUGCAGUCAUAACAGGCAAUAGAAAUGGCAAAGAAGAGAAUCACAUAGAUACUGGAGUGAUGACAUCAAACAUCAAACGAAGAAGUUUAUCAGAUUCAAGUGUCAACAAAGCAGCACAAGAUCAGCAGCAACAGUACUUGGACAGAAUUCAGAGUCCAACAUCAUCACACGCAAAAAUGGCCAAAUUGGAAGUCAAAUCUCCCAAAAUAGUCAGUAUUGUCUCAGCAUUUCACAGCCCAUCGUUGUGUCCAGUAUUAGUACCAGAAACAUCUCCGUCAUCAGUGGCUUUGAAAAAAACUGGACGCGUCAGUCCUUUGUUAACCCUGGUUGCCAAUAGUCCACAUAUCAAUCAGAAAAAGUCCAGAUCAUCAGAGAAUAUAUCAAGUGGUAAUGUAUAUGGGGCAUCGGGCAGACUUCGUUCUCCAGGUCCUUUCUCGUUUUCUUUAGCCACACCAACAUCAGGGCUCAGUUCGUUCAAGUUCAUGGAUGCGACUACUCAAGAAGGAGAUGUGUCAUUAACUGCACAAAUGCCUGAUUUUAGUGUGUUUGAGAAAGUUUCAACACCUACCGAAGAAUUUCCCCCAAAUCGUAGUUUUGUGUUUGUGGGGAGAUCAGAUUUAAACGGACGCACAUGCCAGGAUUUGGAUGACAAGAUAAAGAAGGAGGAAGAUGAAGUUUGGAGUAAGAGACACGAUGUAUUUAAGCCUAUUUGUAGAUCAAGUGAAGUGGACCAAGGAGUUUUGGAAUCUGAAACCUGA